AUGAUGCCAUCAUCAUCAGAACUGUCGGAGCUUAUAUCUAUCAAUCCAAGUAUCAAUGCAUCAUUCAAUGAUUCAUCCAUACCAGCCACAGUAGACAUAAGCAGAUUUGAAACUGAAAGUCGUGAAUUAUUUGUUGAACGUAAUCGACUAUGCAGUGAAUUACCAUUGAUUGAAGGUCAAACAGUCGUUGAUUUAGGUGCAGGUUCAGGUUUAUUUAUGGAAUUAGUAUCUGAACGACUUGGGCCUAAUGGUACGUUGAUAUGCGCAGAAACAUCCGCUAAAUUCUGUCAGUAUAUGAUUGAACGAUUGAAUGGACUAAACAAUACUGAUAAGAGAGCACAUAUUCAUAUAAUACAAUCAUUACCGCAUACACUUACUCAUCCAGUCAUACAGGCACAUAAAAUCGAUAUCGUAUAUUGCAUUGAUACGUAUCAUCAUUUUGAAUAUCCAAUGGAAAUAUUAAAAUCAAUUCGUACUACUCUUAAACCAAACGGACUGUUUGUUAUUGUUGACUAUGAACGUAUACCUGGUGUGACUAGUGAUCGGUUGAUGGGGCACCUACGAUGUGGCAAAGAGAUUGUCAUGAAUGAAGUUGGAUCCGUUGGCUUUGUAUUAAUCGAAGAAAAACAUAUAUUGAAAGAGAAUUAUUUCUUGAUAUUUCGAUCACCUUAG